AACAUUAUAUAGUUGACUGACCAAACCAACGACCACUACAUCUCUGUAUACUGUAAUAAGAAUCUGUAUCCACAGUUGAACUAAACCCAACUCAUCACACAAUCUUAAACAUAAUCAAGCAGACACAUUACCAUGAACAGAUUGAGCAAUGGCAUUCUGGACUUUGCAAACAUGGCAGUGUGCUCAGGUUUGCUUGUUACAGCUUACGACGCGAUCCCCGAGGUUUCGAGUCGUACACAGAAUGUUAGUUCAGUUAGUUACAAAGAUUAUGGUGGUGAAAGUGGAAGUGGUCCGAGAAUUAUAGCUUUUGUGAGUUGUGAGGGCAGAGGAGACAGUGAUUGUAAUAAUGAUGAUCAUGCUUUAGUUGAUUCGGGUUAUGAGAGGUUUCCGCUGUUUGUGUUGUUGAAUACCAAGGUGAAUCCUGUGGUUUCGAUUAGUAGAGCUGCGGUUCAACUGUUUGCGUCUGUUUUUGAUGAGCUGAGUUUACUCAAAGACCAGAUUGAUAUUAACCGUCCACUAAUUAUCACUGGACGCGCUCUAGGAGGAUCUGUAGCCUCUCUUUUCACCUUAUGGCUACUUGACACAAUUUAUUUGAAGACAGCGAAAACUCCCCUUUGUUUAACCUUUGGGUCACCCCUCCUUGGUGACAAUGCCCUCCAACAAGCGAUAUCUGAGCGUCCAACAUGGAUUUCAUGUUUUCUGCAUGUAAUUUCUAAUCAGGAUCCAGUUCUGAGAUACUUGGCAAAGGGACACAUGCCAUUUGGUGCAGCUCUCUUCAUCUCUGAGUCUGGAUGUGCCUGUUUUGAGGAUCCCCAGUCAAUACUGGAAUUAAUCAAGGCAACAAGCUUAGGAGAGCUCGAGGACUCACAAAUAAUUGAUUACGGAAGUAUGCUAAAAAAACUCAGGUAUAAUGCCAUUUGUCAAGGAAGAAAAGAAGAGGUGGAUACAUGUGAUAUCAGUGAUCCAGUACAAUGUGGAAUCACUUUGCAACUCCUAGCAAUUGGAGCUAUAGAGCCUGAGAACAGUGAGACGAGCCCUCUUAUCCCAAGAAUCAGAAGAAAUCUUGAGAUUUUUCAAAGGGGAAAGAAAAAUAAUUUUGAUCAAACAAAGAAGUUAAAUGAGGUCAAGAUAUACAUGGCUUACAUGGGAUGGUACAAGAAACUUUCAAAAAAUCAAGGAGGUUACUAUGAUUGUUACAAAACUGCAGAAUCCAAAAGUAUCAAGGAAGGGAAAACAAAAGAAGAAAUUGUCAGACACCAGAGAAUCCUGAACCAAUAUUGGAAACAUAUGGUUAAAGAAAUAGACCGAAUGCCAAAAAGAGAAGGAGCAAUAAACAUUCGUCCUCGCUUGUUGUAUGCUGGGACAAACUACAGACGGAUGGUUGAACCACUUGACAUAGCGGUGUACUAUAGACAAGGAAAAAAAGAUUACAUAAACAAGGGAAGAUCUCAGCACUACAAGUUAUUGGAGGAAUGGGAGAAAGGUAGUAGCAAACCAGCCGAGAGACACAAGGUUUCUAGUACAACAGAGGAUUCUUGCUUCUGGGCACAUGUUGAGGAGGCUCUUAUUGCCUGCAGGUACUUAACUGAAGAAAAUGACAGUAGUUCAGAAGUGAAGGAAUCAUGGCAUCAGAACUUACUAGAGUUUGAGGCUUAUGUGAUGGAUUUAAUAAGAAUGCAUACACUCUCUCCCGAGACAUUUCAGGAAGGAAGCAGCUUCUUGCAAUGGUGGAAAGAUUAUAAGAAAUUGAAAGGAAUUGGUUAUGAAUCUGAGCUCACAAACUUCAUGAACAAUCAGAAGGUAGGAAAUGACUUGUUAGUGUUUGAUGAGUACAAAGAGUUAUCUUAGUUCAUGGAGUUGUGUCUGCUGAUUAUGAUGCUUUCUUUCCAUGGAUUAUGGAUAUUAAUUAUCUUAUUCUGUAUUAGUAAUUGAUGAUCCUUUCAUGUGAGCUCUUUUUUGCUAA